AUGACUGCAAACCAGCCUCUGGUAAACUCUUCUAUCAACAAUCCAGGGUCUAGCUUUGUGGACCUUAUGCAUUCAGAGGGUCUUCCUCUACGGGAAAAUAUGGUAACUUCUAUCUAUGUUAUUGAUAAUGUACCUGAUGUGUGCCUUCCACUUGCCCCCAUAUCCCCAAACAAAUUUGGAUGUCUUGAUCUUAAAGGAGGACAACUUGUAGUGGAGCUUUAUCCUAAAGUUGUUGAAAAGCAAGAGGGGUCCUAUAAGAUACUCAAAUCCCCUAGAAAGCUAAUUAGGAAAGUCAAGAAGAAGAAAGUUAAGAGCAAAAAAGUUAAGGGUGGAACUAAGGAG